CGAGCCUGUACAUAUGACGUCAUCGAAAUAUGUGUUCUUUGCAGACAUGACGCGUCUUUUUUACGUGUAUUUACCCGUAUUUACCUUGUAUGGGGUGACCCACACCGAUCUGUGAGAGGAAACUGAAAGCAUGUCAAGGAAAACAAGGUUCCGUUUUUUCAUGAAGGACGACAUAGAUUUGUUAAAAGAAGUGUUGAGUGUUAAUCCCUUUUCUGGGGAUUCGGUAAAUAAGUGGGCCGAAAUUGCAGAAAAUUUUAUGAUGGUACAUCAAGAAAAAGCCCUGGAUGGAAGGCGCUGCCAAGAAAGGACAAGUCUCCUUCUUGCAUUUUCUAAAGAAAAGAACAGAGAUAAGCUAUUAAGACAUGGAACUGACGAAGAGAAUGUCGAGAAGGAGCAGUUGUUACAGGAAGUGCUAGCAUUGUCUGAGCAGGCCAAAUUUAAAACUGAAAAAGGCAAAGAUGAAAGCCAAAAAACGCAAUUAAUACGGAAAAGGGCGAUCAAAAACAUGAAAACAGAUACCUCUGAUGAGAACGAUGACAGUCAGUGUUCAGUGAAGAGAAGAAAAUCUAAUACAUGACCGACUUCCUCACUCACUUCAGAUAUAUCGAUGACGUAUUGCCAAUUAACAAUGGUAAUUUCCAUUCCUUCGUUGAAACGAUAUAUCCUGGUGAGCUUGAGAUAAAAGAUACCACAGAGUCUGACACCUCUGUUUCAUACUUGGAUAUUUUACUUGAAAAAGACGCUAAUGGUAGUCUAACAACGAAAUUUAUGAUAAACUUGAUGACUUUAACUUUUCUAUUGUCAACUUCCCUUCCUUAUGCAGCGAUAUACCUUCAUCACCUGCAUACGGAGUGUAUAUAUCUCAGUUGAUUCGAUACGCAAGAACAUGCUCUACGUAUGGACAAUUUCUAAAAAGAGGUAAAUUAUUGACAAACAAGUUGAUGACACAAGAAUAUCAGCAGUCUCGUUUAAAGUUAUCAUUUCGUUAGUUCCAUGGUCGAUACAAUGACCUUGUCAGCAAAUACAAUUUAUCAUUGAGUCAAAUGCUGACUGACGUUUUUCAUACCAAUUGUUAGUCCAUUAUUUAUAUACUGAAUUGAUGACGGAUAUGUUUCCGUUAUUUCUAGAUCAUAACAAGGAGCACACGGUGUGAACGGUCGGCAGGGGAUGCUCACUCCUCCAUGGCACCUGAUCCCACCUCUGAUGUUUCGGGGUCCAUGUUUGCUCUGCUCUUAUUUUGUGUUGUUUUAUGGACUUUGAGAUUGAAUACUGUUUGUUAUCUCCAUAUCCUUCAUAAGACUGAGAGCGAAAACAAAUUGAAUAGAGAAUAAAGAAAAAAUUGAGCUAGAAAAAAAAGAAGCUGAAGUUAGAUAACAAAAAAAAAACAGCAGCUGGACCAAGAAAGAUUCCGGUUAGAGAAAGAGGAAAGAACUGAAAUGAUUGAUUUAUUCAGACAGUUAAUUGAGAAAAAAACAAAACAGAGUAUUUAAUUGUAGUCAGUAUUUAUUAAUAGUAUUUAACUUUUUUCAUCAUGUUAG